CAAAUUAAUCUGAACACACUUCAGUCCGUGAGAUGGACGCUUUUCCUCUUCUGGGGCAAAGAUCACGGGGAUCCUUUACCCUAAAUCACUGAUUGUCAGCUCGUUUGAAAGGGAUAUAGGAGAGGACUACUGACGGGAGCACCAGUCCCCAUGUUCAGGCGCAAGGACCAGCGUUUUUUUGCGACUGGAGAUUAGCUGUAAAAGUGGAACAAGGAAAGCAUGCGCUAAUGGAUCAAACAUACGGAGAAGUCAACCAGCUCGGGGGUGUUUUUGUUAAUGGCCGACCUCUUCCCAAUGCUAUCCGAGCAAGAAUCGUUGAGUUGGCCCAGCUCGGAAUAAGACCUUGUGACAUCAGUCGACAAUUGCGCGUUUCGCAUGGUUGUGUAAGCAAGAUCUUGGCAAGGUACAACGAAACGGGUUCGAUUUUACCCGGUGCAAUUGGAGGAAGUAAACCACGAGUAACAACACCAAAUGUAGUAAAAAGCAUUCGGGAGUACAAGCAAGGGGACCCUGGGAUAUUUGCUUGGGAAAUCCGUGACCGACUUCUGGCGGAUGCAGUUUGCGACAAGUACAACGUGCCUUCAGUGAGCUCCAUUAGCCGAAUUCUUAGGAACAAGAUUGGAAAUCUGUCGCAACCGAAUCAAUAUGAAAACAGCAAGCCACAACCUCCACAGAUGCCAUACAACCACAUGUAUCCAUACUCCUAUUCCAAUCCAAUGUCACCUACCGGGAACAAGCUGGGUAACGCACCUGGGGUGCCAGUGCACGGAGGGCAUGUCAGCCUGUCGCGGGCCUGGUCGUCGAUGCACACUGUUGGCAAUUUUUUAGGUAUACGGGCCUUCAUGGAUCCUUCAGCUAUUGCUGGAGCUGAGGGUUAUCAGCCGAAGUUAGAGGAUUGGACUAGCGUGAACCGAGCCACAUUUCCCUCUGCACACGCCAUCAAUGGCAUUGAAAAGUCUCCUAUAGACGCGGAUAUCAAAUAUCCACAGACCUCGUCGAGCCUCUCCAGUUAUGUUCAAGCUUGUGCUUACUCUCCGGCCAACCAGUAUGGGGUAUAUAGUGGCCCGGCGGGUAGUUAUGUGGCUGGACAUCCAUGGCAGUCCCAAGGAGCCACGCUGUCUCAUCCCAACAACGCCACAGCCAUGCAUGCGUCAAACCUGCACUCACCUAUGGCCUUCAAGCACUCGUCACGAGAAGCUGGAAACAGAAAACCUCCGAGUCCUCUGAGCAAGCACCAGCACGAGACCCUGAGUAGCGUGCACGGGCUCGCGCUCACUACCUCAGGCUCCUAAACUGCAGCACACGUGCAAGUAACCCCGAGUGGCUAUACCAAGGAGAAGGAGAACGGUUGUGGACACGCACUUUCAUUACUUUUCAGUAAGUUAAGAGGUUGUAGCCAAUUUGGUGAAGACGGACAUGGCAUUAGUCUACCGCCUAAAGACAGACCGGACUGCAAGAUUGAAUGCAGUACAUUUCUGCAAUAUUUGCAGGGGCAUUUGUCUUGUGACUCGCCCAUCUUAAUACUUGUCUGAAAGAAUUCACAUGGUGGCACAAUACAAAUGUUUGUGGCAAGUAAAGAGCUGUUCGUAAUGUUCGUAGCGGCUCGGUGGAACGUUACCUAAUUUGUUUGUGAGCGUGCAUGCAUUAAAACAAAACAAAAUGUUGUCAAACGGAGGAGCCAGAAUGUAUUGUUAGUGAGCAUGUCUGUAAAUGUUAACUAUUUUGAAAGGUUUAUUAUAUAUAUUUUCUAAAUAAAUUCCUUUGUAAAUAUUAUUAAUAAAGGCAUGUAAAAAGAAA